CCGGAUUUGCAUGCAGAUUUGCCUGCUGGGGCCUUGUACCCGGAGAGAACUUGUGCCUUGACCACACUCAGUUGUGCUUUAAAUUGAUGAAUUUCACAGGAUACCCCAGCCAAGAGCUUUUGGUCGAGCCGAGAUCCACGUGGUUACGAAUACCAUUUCGCUGAUGCCACUCGAGAGAGGGGUCCCUGCAGGGCAGCAACAUGAACAGCAAUGUCGUUUGUUCCUUGAUUCAACUUGACGAAGCAGCUGGGCCGCCGCUCGGCUGAUUAUGCCAUUGCGUCCAUCAGCUGGGCCUACGACAUGCAGUACGGUAUGGUAAUGUCACAAUGUGUUGUAUCCCUGGGCGAUGCCAAGGUGCCGCUCGGAUACGACAGAUAUGGUAUGUAUAUAUAAGUAGGAGAUGGGCAGGUCGUUGUGGUUGUCUGUUGCCGUGGUUUUACCUUUUCUUGGUCAACCGCUGUCGCCGCCUUGCCUUGCCCUGCUCAUAUUCUGCAAAGCAUCGCAAGAUCCGACCACGUCUUCAAGGCUUAAUUGACUUGAUUUAAUUCGACUUGUCCAGACCCCUCCCCCAGAGCAACCUCAAACCCCCUUCAAAAUGAGGUUCGGAAUCUCCAGCUGGGCCAUGCCCGCAGUGGCACUGGCGGCGGUCGGCGGCGCAGUUGCGCAGGCCACCAGCGGCUCCCUCAACAUUCUCACGCUGAACGUUGCCGGUCUGCCGCCCAUCUUGAACGGCAACGACGUGCCCGGCGACAAGGCAACCAACAGCCGCAACAUUGGCGGCAAGCUGUCGCAGUACGGCUACGACCUGGUGCACCUCCAGGAGGACUUCAACUUCCACGCGUACAUCUACGAGACCAACAAGCACCCCUUCCGCACCGCGACGUCGGGCGGCGUCCCCUUCGGCUCGGGGUUGAACAGCGUGUCCAACUACGACUGGAUCGACUUUGAGCGCGUCAAGUGGAACGUGUGCGAGAACGCGUCGGGCGCCGACUGCCUCACGCCCAAGGGCUUCACGUUUAUGAGGCUCCGCGUGGCCGAGGGCGUCUACGUGGACUGCUACAACCUGCACGCGGACGCCGGCAGCCUCGAGGCGGACAUGAAGGCUCGCAACGCCAACCUGCGCCAGGUGUCGGACGCGAUCAAGGAGCGCAGCGAGGGCAACGCCGUGCUCGUGUUUGGCGACACCAACAGCCGCUACACUCGCAUCCCCGACGGCAUCACCGUGUUUCGUCUGCAGAACGGCAUGACGGACCCCUGGGUCGAGCUGAUCCGCGGCGGCGUCGAGCCCACGCAGGAGUCGCUCUGCAGCAACCCCAGCACCACCAACUCGUGCGAGACGGUGGACAAGGUCUUUUACCGCUCCAGUCCCACCGUGAGCCUCAAGGCCAAGGAGUGGAGCUACGCCAGCACCAAGUUCCUGCAGGACAAUGGCGACCUGCUCUCGGACCACAACCCCAUCGCCGUCAACUUUGACUGGGCGGUCGGCGCGAGCCUGCGCAAGUCGGACGAGUUCGGCGGGCCCCACGGCACCUUCUUCAGCGACGUGCCCGCGCUGGCCGCCAAGGGCCGCGUGCCCAAGGUGUCGGCCAUCCAGUUCCGCGGCGCCAACCGCCUCGACUGGGUGUCGGUGACGCUGGCCGACGGCUCCAGCACGGCGCACGGCGGCUCGGGCGGCAAGGCCAGCGACCUCGCCCUCGCGGCCAGCGAGUUCUGGACCGGCGCGACGCUGUGCCGCGGCCAGCGCAGCGGGCUCACGCGCAACUUUUACAUCAAGGCCACCACCAGCACCGGCCGCACCGUCGAGUCGGGCACCACCACCGGAGACUGCCAGAACUUUACCGCGCCGGCCGGCUGGCAGAUUGUCGGCUUUGCCGGCCGCAAGGGCGACGAGCUGGACAGGCUGUCGUUUGUGUACGCGCCGCAGUGAGCAGGAGAGUAAAGGAAGAAGAGUAAAGGGAAGGAAGGAAGGAUAUGAGCUCAUGACGCAUCUUUAAUUGUGGUUUUCUGAGCCGAGGGACGAAAAAAAAGUAGUGUACAUAUUUCGUGGUCCCUCGCCUGUCUUUGCAACGAUUACCCAUCUCCUUUGUCUAAUGUCUAGUCAUUUAAUCUUUUUUUCUUCAAUUGCACAUAAUUUGCUGAUCA